AUGGCAAAGGGAUCGACAUGCUUAUCUCCAGAACGAUGGGUUAAGCCGCCUUUGGGAGCGUAUAAACUAAAUGUUGAUGCGUCCUUGGAUGUUAAUUCUAAUACUAUAGGCAUUGGGGCAAUAGUUCGAGAUACUACUGGGAAUGUGCUGGGAUGUCUAUGUAGAUCCUUAUUUGGGAAUUUUACAGUCAUAUUAGCAGAAGCUGUUGCAUUAAUGGUUGCGUUGGAUUGGUCUCUCACUCUUGGUCUUCCUCUUCAUGUGGUGGAAUCAGAUUGCUUAGCCUUGGUUUCAGCUCUCCCAAAGCGUUUUUCCCUUUGUAAUGAACUUGGUUCUUUAUUGGAUGAUAUUGCUAGUUUGCUUUCCAGUUUUCUUGAGGCAUUCCUAAUUCAUGUUCGUCGUACAGCCAACAAGGCUGCUCAUGAAUUAGCUGUGCAUGCACUUAGGGUGGAUGGUGAAUUGGCUUGGAUUGAGGAUUUUCUCUCUUUUCUUAUUGAUGUAUUAAGUUCCGAUUGUUGUUAA